UCGAGCGAAACCGAAUACUUUGACAACAUGGACAGUGGGAAACAAAUUUGUGAAGAUGAAAACAAGGUGGGUCGCAGCAAGAGCAUGAGGGCAGCCAUUCAGACGGAGAAAUGUGGGGCCUGUGACAAAACUGUAUAUGCAAUGGAGCGGCUAGAGCUGAACAAACGAGUGUACCACAAGGCCUGUUUUAGGUGUACUCAAUGCAAGGCUGUUUUAACGCCAAAAACAUUCGCUAUUAACAACGAGGUUAUCUUCUGCACCACUCACUACAAGCAACUGUUUGCCACCAAGGGGAACUACGAUGAGGGAUUUGGGCGCACACAGCACAAGAAGAGAUGGAGCAGCAACCCCAACCUGACCAAGGAUGGAGACGACGACAGCACAUCCUAG